CUGGCAACCGACUAUGGAAAAUGUUUGGCGUGUCUCUCCUUCACCGGAAACUAUAUUGAUUUUGACUGUUACUAUACAAAACGACAUGGAUAGACUGAGCUCUAGAAAAUAGGCAGGAUGAAUACUUAUUGGACUUGAAAUGGUUAGUUUACCAUAGUUGAAAUGGCGGAAAUAUCGAUCGUUUAUUCAUAAAAUAUUACGUUAAGUGAACUUUACCGUCGUCGUAAAGAAUUACACAUUUAUCAUUAAUUAAACUGUUUUAACAUGGUGAUCUGAAUGUAGGAGAUAUUCACUGAACAUGAAUUAAUCCCAGUUAAUGUAACUAUAUCGCCGUGUAAUUGACAUUGAUCAACGAUGUAAAUAAGACUCGACUAUUGCGUGACAAAUAUCACCAAGGACUAUUAUUACUCGAUUAAGACUGACGCUAUGAAUAUUUGCAGAAUGUCUACAGCGCGUCACAAUCAAUCGUGUACUUGGACCAUCUUUUGCAAAUGUGACCGUUGUGCGGAAUAACAUGACUUCGUGCAUGAACAGAAUACGUAUUCCGGAUGGCUUACAUUCGUGACGUUUACACACGUGAUCUUGUUUGAUCCCAACGAAUACACAACUUGACGGGUUUUCGUUUUGACAUUGAUACAGCUUUAUUUUUAUGUUGUGCGACAACUCAUAUGAGUAUACUGAAAAAGGCUGUCCGUCGACAUAGCACGGGACACAUGUUUCAGUUUCAGUGUUUCUUUACGGCCAACUAGGGACGGGUUGGUUCAGUGUUUCUUCACGGCCAACUAGAGACGGGUUGGUUUAGUAUUUCAAAAUGUAUCGGCUGGUCGUAGCGUUCACAUGCAUGUCAUACGUUGUCAUGGACAGAAAAGACCCCAUGAAAAUAGGUGUAAUAAUGGACAGUAAACAAGGGCGACAAAAAACGCUGGCGUUCGCAUGGGACCAUUACAAGACGAAGGUGGGAAAUCCAAGUGUGAAAUAUCUGCCAGUAGAUGAGAUAGAUAUCAGUAACAACCAGCAACUUAUAAGUAAACUAUGCAAACGAGUCUCAGAGGGAGCUAUAAUGAUGAUCGUUGACUAUGAUCCUCAUUCAAUUGGAAGCGUUCAGUCCUGUGCCCAUUUUCUGAAUGUUCCUACACUGGUCCCAAGUGGAACCGAAGGUGGAGUCCAUCCAAGCUACACUUAUGAUAUCAGAUUACUUCCGCCCACGGUAGACGCCAUUACGGACGUCAUCAAACAUUUCCAGUGGAACAAAAUUGUAUAUUAUUUAUUCGAUACCAAUGACGGGUUACAACGACUCCAGCGUCUUUAUGACAAUUUCGAGCAAGGCGCCUACUACACGCCUGUAAUACGCGCCCGACGAGUAAGCAAUACCUCGAACUGCUAUGACAUCCUCCGCAAAAUAGACAGGGACGAGGGACCAAUCAGAAUCGUGCUGGAUUUUUCAUCAAGUUCUGCGUACGAAGACAUUCUUCAUCAGAUCGUUGACGUCGGAAUGAACCGUGAUGGUUACCACUACAUUUUAGGAGGACUUGGAAUUAAUGAACUCGACCUAGGAACGUUUGUCUACGGAGGUGUUAACAUUACCGGCUUCAGCAUCGUGGAUAAUGUCUCCACCGAGAAUGCGGAGCUCAUAAACAAGGCACGGAACUUUCCCAUUCAUGACGUUGGAAAAAUUAAGGUGGAAGAGGCGUUGCUAAUAGACACCGUUCAAGUGCUACUGCAGGCAGUUUUCAGUUUGAAUGAUGACCGAGACAACGACAUCUUCCAGUCCAAAAGAAUGUCACGUGGUCGAUAUUCCAGCCCGGCGGGCAGCAAAAACUGUAGCGGCGAGGUCAUGGAGCAGACGUUCGACGGGGAAAUGGUUCUAAACAAGCUUAAAAAUGUAAAAACAUAUGGACUGACCGGUAAUAUAGAAUUCGACAAAUACGGAACUCGACAAAAUUACCUUUUUAAAGUUCAUCAACUGGAAUUGAAACAGCCUUUACGACAAGUUGGAUUUUGGACUCCAACAAGCAGAUUUAACACAACUUUACCGAAGCCCCCAACGAAGCCGGAAUUCCAGGGCAAUCGAACUUUGAGAGUUAUCACGAUCAUUGAAGAACCUUUCGCCCAAUUCAAGAAAAACAGUGAUGGAAAUGGAGCACCUAUGGUGGACGGAAAAUACCUUGAGGGAUACUGCAUCGAUCUUGCCAAGAUGCUGCAAGAAAAGUGCGAUACGCCUUACGAUUACCACAUCGAACUGGUCGGGGACAAGCAGUACGGUCGGUGGUUCAAGGACAAAGGCUGCUGGAAUGGUAUGAUGGGGGAACUCAUUGAUGACGUAGCAUGUCCAGAAGGUGGGCCAAGAAAGAGAGCAGACAUGGCGAUAGCCCCCUUGACAAUCAACGAAGAGCGGCAGCGGGUGGUGGACUUUACCAAGCCCUUCAUGCAGACUGGGAUCAGUAUAAUGAUUAAAAAACCAGACAAAGAGAAGCCAGGGGUCUUCUCCUUCAUGUAUCCCCUGGCCGACAAAGUCUGGCUCUGUGUCAUGAUGGCUUUUUUGGGGGUCAGCUUCAUACUGUUUUUCGUGGGCAGGUGGAGUCCGUACGAGUGGGGAGACCAGGAUCCGAAGGGAGGACCUCCUAUUAAUAACUUUACUCUUUUGAAUACAUUAUGGUUUUCUCUUGGUGCGCUAAUGCAGCAGGGUUCUGAUACAUUUCCAAGAUCCUUCUCCGGUCGCAUCGUGGGUUGCGCUUGGUGGUUCUUCACACUCAUUCUGAUCUCCUCGUACACCGCCAACCUCGCCGCCUUCUUGACCAUCGAGCGUCUCACGCCGCCUAUCAACUCCGCGGACGACCUUGUAAAACAUCCCAAGAUAAAAUACGGGACGCUGAAUUCGGGCUCAAGUAUAGCGUUCUUCCAGGAAGCCAAAGUUGAUACCUAUAGAAAAAUGUGGAACCAUAUGUCCACAAAUGCGGGUGUUCUGGUCAAGGAUGUACGCACAGGUGUAGAGAAAGUCCGCAGCAGUAAAGGAGAAUAUGCUUUUUUAUGUGAAGUCACUUAUAACUAUUAUCACAACCAGCGAAAGCCAUGUAAUACCAUGAAAGUCGGGAAUAACCUUGAUAGCAAGGGAUAUGGUAUUGCCACCCCCGUGGGGUUUUAUCUCAAAAACCAAAUCAACGUUGCUGUGCUGAGACUUCGAGAAGUGGGAGAGCUUAUGAAGCUAGAACAGAAGUGGUGGUACUCAAAAGGAGAAUGCGGCACAGACACAAAGGACGCCAAAACGAGUGCUCUUACAUUGAGCAACGUGUCUGGAGUAUUCCAUAUCCUUAUUGGAGGCCUUCUAUUAGCCAUGGUUAUGGCACUGUGUGAAUACGUUGUUCACCAAAGGUUGCGUAAAAUACGCCGACGUGCCAGAGAAAAAAAGUUAAAUAAGGCACACAAGAACGCUGUCCGUAUCGUUAGGAAAGAACCACUAGAAGCUUUGAAGGAAGCAGGUUAUGCAGAGAGGGAAAACUCUGUGUUCGACUUUUCACCUGGAAACACGUUGACAUCGUCUGCCCAUCUUGUUACCUUUGACGGCUCAAAGCACAGUUACACGUCAAGCCCGGUACACUAGCCAGCGAAAAUUAUAUCCUUAGGACGUUGAAUUGGCUCCUUUGUGGAAAGGGUUGACGGGCCACUUCUAUGCCACAACAUUGUUUUCUGUUGGUUGAAGAAUUGCAUUGUUUGUACACAAAAUAUGUUCAGAGGCGUCAUCGACAGAUAAGGACAAUAUUCAAGAUUGGUUUCCUGUAAGAUGAUGAAAUGCGGUGUUGCUAACACCUUAUGUGCGUUGUGAUAACUGGAUAUGUCCAUUACGACUUCGAAUUAGCAGUGUGAUGCCGUAAAUUCUUGCAAGAAGAUUACAUCUAAUACGCGACUUGGUGAUGGCCUUUAUUGAUGAUGACUUUCCCUUCAUGCUUAUCGGUGUGUCGUUAUAUUGUGUGAAAACACCUAAUACACGGUACGCUGAAUGUCGGUAUUACUUGCUGUAUGGUCUACAGAUGUGUAUUUUGUGGAACAGAUAGUAUUUUGCAGUUUCAGUGUCUAAUAAAUGGUUAUUUGUUAAGAGGAUGACGAUUGGUUGACUGUAUGACGCCAGACCCAACAAUUGGUUCUUGCAUAGCACACACAAACGUAGAUAAUAUGUCUUGUGUCUAACAGUUAUGUCGGUAUUCCGACACAAACUUAAAAGCGAGUUUUUGUCUUAUUGAUAUCACCCGCUUUAUAAGACGAACACACGUUAAUGUGUCACAUAUUUGAAUGAAAAUGGCAAUCAAACCACAUCCGCAUGUUAAAUAAAAAAAUGUGCUCAACGUUGCUGAAUUUUGAAAGCAUUUUUCUUCAAUCAUAAAAAUUGCUAUAAUUUCAUGAAGUUUCAAAAAAGGAAUUUGUUAAAUUGCAGUAUAACAGCUAUUGGUAGUGUGCUUUAAUUGUUCUAUCUAAGAAAAUAUAAAAUCUAUUUGAUGUUCGAAGACAUGCGAAAUCUGAAUUGAAAACGCAGAACAUGUUGUUAUGGCUUUGUUUUUUAUUUAGUGUGUUUAUUUGUAAUUUUAUUGUAAAAUUGCUUCACUACUGAAAAGAACGCAAACACCGAAAUAGUAUUACAUGUGCUACUGUUAAUACAAAUGUGUCAUAGAUCUGCAUUAAAAUGAAUGCAAAAAAUGUUGCGCAUGAAUGGAAUGCAUUUAUUUUUCGUAUGUCUUCAGAAAAUCUAUAUGUAUGUGAGAUACGGUAUGUUUUCUAUUUGAAUUAAACUAAAUACGUCUAGUGGGGAAAAUACUGUCAUUUAGAUGAGCACAAACGUUCAAUGCUAUUCAUUUUUGAAAUUAAAACAUAAUCAUCGUAUGUGUAAAUAAGUGUGCAUGCUUGUAAAUACAUGUCAUGACGUCUGCUGUAAAAUAUAUUUACCGGAUGAAAAAAGACGAUUCUUACUUACGGACAUGCCCCGUCUUUUAAAAUGUAUUCGUCUUCAACUCUAAAUUGUUAAUGUAGGUAUGCCCGAACAUGUAUUAAAUAGCAAUACACUAAAAAAGAACAACACUUUGUUUGAUCUAUAUAAACCUAGUAUAUAUUACAAGUAACUUCACGUUCGUGAUCCGUCAUGGCAAGGUUUUUUUAUACAUACUUGUAUUGUGUUAUCUUCACUAUUUCUGAUUUGUAUUGUCGUGUACAUUAUCAUGUUUGAUUGCAAUCCUGUGGUCAUUAGAACUUAAUAUAUUAUCGUUUAUAUAUAUACAAACAAGAAACGAAGUUCAAUUGUGUAAGUU